AGUCAGUCAGCAAGAGACGCUGGGGAGAGAACAGGGACUGCGAGCCCGGCGGAUGCGGCAGCGGCGGAAGGCGGCUAGGGAGACACUACUCCAACUGUUGAAUUGAAAUUUUCACCUUUCAUUUCCUCUGCCGCUUUGCUUGCGACAAUGGAUUUAUUUGGUUUGAAAUCCGCACGUCUUUCUCAGGCUUUGGGGUGAUCCUGACAGCUACCAGAUUGAAAGAGACCACCCGUGACAGUAAAGGAGGCAUUUUAAAAAUAAAACAAAAUCCUCCACAGCAGACUGCACAAUUAGCUAUGCACAACGAUGCUGGACUUUGUGAAUAGACAACACUGGGAGAAAAAUCUUGAAAUCUGAUGGGGGCUAAGCUGUGAAUAAUUACUGGAAACGUGAUUUUCUUUUUCUAAGACUGAAAAAUUUUGGGGUGCCUCACGCCUAACCAAGAGGAAAGGUUUAGAACAAAUAAAUAAACACACCUAGCAAAGCAGACGCCUUGCUUCCCAGAGCCUCGGACUCCGGCAGAAAGAGAGUGAGUCAGAGAAAGCUUUAGGAAGAAGCCGCAACUAAUGUCUGUGAAGGGAGGACCAAGAGGCGAGAGUGAAGUCGAUUCGUUCCGCUGCUUCUGACUCAUCCGGCAGCUCAGAACACCUGCAUUUCUGGAUGUGUCAUUCCCGUAUCUCCAGGCGCCUCGGGAACCCGAAAUAAUGUGUAGACAACCCUGUGCCUGAGCUCCUCUGGGAGGCAGCUUCCCAGGGUGGGCGACAGGCAGGACCGACCGCAGCUUCUCACCCCUGCGCUCCCCGCGCCGCCCAGAGACUGUAGGACUGCAGAAUGCACCACGCUGAGCCUUCGUGCUUUUCUCUCGUCCAGCCCCCUCCUACUAUUAAUUUUUUUUGAAGAGGAAAAAAAUUCUCACUUUAUCCUCUUGAAAUAUUCACCACUUUUAUUCCUCGCCAAGAUUUUCCUUUCUACAUGAAGAGGAUAGGGAGGCUGGGCUGUUGGAAAGAGAUGCUGAACAGAAAGAAAAUAGAGGCACUUGACAGCCUAGCCCUGUGAAUGCAGAGACUGUUUCCCUUCUAGCGAGACAGGGAGAGUGUGUGCGAGGACUGGGAGGGUGGCUCCCCCCUGCCUUUUAUUCGGUCUCCCCCUCCCCCUUCAGAUGUGCACGUCCAACCAUGAGUUGCCUGUUGAUUUCCUUUAGCCUGGGAAGAAAAGCGAACUGGAAUUAAACUGCAUGGCGAGAAGUCCUUGCUGGCAGGAAGAGGAUGGGAUGGUAGCGGCGGCUACUGGCUUGGCGUAGACAUCAGAGUGUGUUCUACGAUCAGAGGCGGAGAUAUAUCUAUAUAUUUCCUCGCCCCAAUAGACUCUGACGGCAAAUGCUGAUCAGGCUGUGGCUUUCUUGAUUUCGGAGGAGAGCCUUUUCGGAGGAAGAGAGGGAGGAGCCUGAUAGGGGGAGGAAACUACAAAUCGGGACACUAGUUCUUUGCGCCGCAUUUCCUCCCCUCCCUUUGGCUGCUCGGAAAGAAGAGAAAGGAAAAAAAAUACGCUUGGCUGGGAGAUGCAGUCCGCCGCCGCCGCUUCAGCCAGCAAUGCAAGAUUAGAUCUCUAAAUGCAGCAAAACACUGCCUGAAAACAGACCAGCCUGCGCAGCAAGCAGACAUUUCACAGUGCGCCGAGCAAGCUUCAGAAAUAUUUAUCUGUGACUCUCUCUCUUCGUUGCUCCUCGUUCCCAUCAAUUUCAUCAGGGGAGACCAGUAAUAAGUAAGGAUUUCACUUUGCCAUCUGCCUGGAGACACACCUCCUCAAGCCCUCCCCCACCCGAUGUGAAGAGUAUUCCGUAGGCUGCCGGCGAGAGUGGAUUCGCGGAGCCCUAGAGGGAGCGAGAAAAACCCACCAAUUCUUGAGCUCAUUAUCAUCCUCUCAGACUCGAUUUCCUCCUUAUCGCCGGCCUCAUCGCUCAAGUUUGAGCCUCGCGAAGUCGAGGCGGGAGAGACAAAGCCCCCGGCUCGCCCUCAGCCGCAGGGAGCCGCCGCCUUGCUCCAAGCCUCUGCAGCUCCGCUGCGCCGCUGCCUCUCACCCAGUGCGGAUGCUGUAGAUCAACAGGUUCAGGGAACUUGAACAGAAUAGGGAGAGACCGCCUGUGCCGCAGCCCCGGCGAGGAGGAGAGGAAGGACCCGCGGACUUGUGGCUCGCGCCUCCCACGCACGCUCUGCCCGGGCCCCAGGCUGGCGCGCACCCACAGGUUUGCCCCUCCAGUCCGGCUGUUCCUGCCCCCACCCCACCGGUCUGGGAUGUACCUUUCCAUCUGUUGCUGCUUUCUCCUAUGGGCCCCUGCCCUGACGCUCAAGAACCUCAACUACUCAGUGCCAGAGGAGCAAGGGGCCGGCACGGUGAUAGGUAACAUAGGCAAGGAUGCUCGCCUGCAGGCAGGACUUCCGCCGGCUGAGCGCGGGGGCAGCGGCGGGCGAAGCAAGUCGGGCAGCUACCGGGUGCUGGAGAACUCGGCGCCGCACCUGCUGGACGUGGACGCCGAUAGCGGGCUUCUCUACACCAAGCAGCGCAUCGACCGUGAGUCCUUGUGCCGCCACAAUGCCAAGUGCCAGCUAUCUCUCGAGGUAUUCGCCAACGACAAGGAGAUCUGCAUGAUCAAGGUAGAGAUCCAGGACAUCAACGACAACGCUCCCUCUUUCCCCUCUGACCAGAUUGAAAUGGACAUCUCAGAGAACGCUGCCCCGGGCACUCGCUUUCCCCUUACCAGCGCACACGACCCGGACGCCGGCGAGAACGGGCUCCGCACCUAUCUGCUUACGCGCGAUGACCACGGUCUCUUUGCCCUGGACGUCAAGUCCCGCGGCGACGGCACCAAAUUCCCAGAGCUGGUCAUCCAGAAGGCGUUGGACCGCGAGCAACAGAACCACCACACGCUCGUGCUGACUGCCCUGGAUGGCGGGGAGCCGCCACGCUCCGCCACCGUGCAGAUCAACGUGAAAGUGAUCGACUCCAACGACAACAGCCCUGUCUUCGAAGCGCCCUCUUACAUGGUGGAACUGCCCGAGAACGCUCCCCUGGGCACCGUGGUCAUCGAUCUGAACGCCACCGACGCGGACGAGGGCCCCAACGGCGAAGUGCUCUAUUCCUUCAGCAGCUACGUGCCCGACCGCGUGCGGGAGCUCUUCUCCAUCGAUCCGAAGACCGGCCUGAUCCGGGUAAAGGGCAACCUGGACUAUGAGGAGAACGGGAUGCUGGAGAUCGACGUCCAGGCCAGAGACCUGGGCCCUAACCCCAUCCCGGCCCACUGCAAGGUCACAGUCAAGCUCAUCGACCGAAACGACAACGCGCCGUCCAUCGGUUUCGUCUCCGUGCGCCAGGGGGCGCUGAGCGAGGCCGCCCCGCCCGGCACUGUCAUCGCCCUGGUGCGGGUCACCGACCGGGACUCGGGCAAGAACGGACAGCUGCAGUGUCGCGUCCUGGGUGGAGGAGGGACAGGCGGUGGCGGCGGCGGCCUGGGCGGGCCAGGGGGGUCUGUCCCCUUCAAGCUGGAAGAGAACUACGACAACUUCUACACGGUGGUGACCGACCGCCCGCUGGACCGCGAGACCCAGGACGAGUACAACGUGACCAUCGUGGCGCGGGACGGGGGCUCGCCUCCGCUCAACUCUACCAAGUCGUUCGCAGUCAAGAUUCUGGACGAGAACGACAACCCUCCCCGCUUCACCAAAGGACUGUACGUGCUGCAGGUGCAUGAGAAUAACAUUCCAGGCGAAUACCUGGGUUCCGUCCUCGCCCAGGACCCUGACCUGGGCCAGAACGGUACCGUGUCCUACUCCAUUUUGCCCUCGCACAUUGGCGACGUGUCCAUCUACACCUACGUGUCUGUGAACCCCACCAACGGGGCCAUCUACGCCCUGCGCUCCUUUAACUACGAGCAGACCAAGGCUUUUGAGUUCAAGGUGCUCGCGAAGGACUCGGGGGCGCCGGCGCACUUGGAGAGCAACGCCACAGUGCGGGUGACCGUGUUAGACGUGAACGACAACGCGCCGGUGAUCGUGCUGCCCACCUUGCAGAACGACACCGCCGAGCUCCAGGUCCCGCGCAACGCCGGCCUGGGCUACCUGGUGAGCACCGUGCGCGCCCUGGACAGCGACUUCGGCGAGAGCGGGCGCCUCACCUACGAGAUCGUGGACGGCAACGAUGACCACCUGUUUGAGAUCGACCCGUCCAGCGGCGAGAUCCGCACGCUGCACCCCUUCUGGGAGGACGUGACGCCCGUCGUGGAGCUGGUGGUGAAGGUGACUGACCACGGCAAGCCCACUCUCUCCGCGGUGGCCAAGCUCAUCAUCAGGUCGGUGAGCGGCUCCCUGCCCGAGGGGGUGCCCCGGGUGAACGGCGAGCAGCACCACUGGGACAUGUCCCUGCCGCUCAUCGCGACUCUGAGUACCAUCUCCAUCAUCCUCCUGGCGGCCAUGGUCACCAUCGCUGUCAAGUGCAAGCGAGAGAACAAGGAGAUCCGCACUUACAACUGCCGCAUCGCGGAGUACAGCCACCCGCAGCUGGGCGGGGGCAAAGGCAAGAAGAAGAAGAUCAACAAAAACGAUAUCAUGCUGGUGCAGAGCGAAGUCGAAGAGAGGAACGCCGUGAACGUCAUGAACGUGGUGAGCAGUCCCUCCCUGGCCACCUCCCCCAUGUACUUCGACUACCAAACCCGCCUGCCCCUCAGCUCGCCCCGGUCGGAGGUGAUGUAUCUCAAACCAGCCUCCAACAACCUCGCUGUCCCUCAGGGACACGCAGGCUGCCACACCAGCUUCACAGGACAAGGGACUAACUCGAGCGAGACCCCUGCCACUCGGAUGUCCAUAAUUCAGACAGACAAUUUUCCCGCAGAGCCCAAUUACAUGGGCAGCAGGCAGCAGUUUGUUCAAAGUAAUUCCACGUUUAAGGACCCAGAAAGAGCCAGCCUGAGAGACAGUGGGCACGGGGACAGUGAUCAGGCUGACAGUGACCAAGACACUAACAAAGGCUCCUGCUGUGACAUGUCUGUUAGGGAGGCACUCAAGAUGAAAACUACUUCAGCUAAAAGCCAACCGCUUGAACAAGCAUUCCCGACUUUGCUUUCCUUUGCUAUCCUCACCCUACACACCAUCACAACUAGACUUCAGUCUGUUGAUCAGCUGCCACCAGAACCAGAAGAGUGUGUUAAUUGCACAGAUGAAUGCCGAGUGCUUGGUCAUUCUGACAGGUGUUGGAUGCCACAGUUCCCUGCAGCCAAUCAGGCUGAAAACGCAGAUUAUCGCACAAAUCUCUUUGUACCCACAGUUGAAGCUAACGUUGAGACUGAGACUUACGAAACUGUGAAUCCCACUGGGAAAAAGACUUUUUGUACAUUUGGAAAAGACAAGCGAGAGCACACUAUUCUCAUUGCCAAUGUUAAACCUUAUUUAAAAGCCAAACGUGCCCUGAGCCCUCUCCUCCAAGAGGUCCCUUCCGCAUCAAGCAGCCCUACCAAGGCCUGCAUCGAGCCUUGCACCUCAACAAAAAGCUCCCUAGAGGGUUGUGAAGCAAAACCUGGAGCCCUGGCUGAGGCAAGCGGUCAGUACUUGCCCAAUGACAGUCAGUAUCUGUCACCCAGUAAGCAACAGAGAGACCCUCCCUUCGCACCCUCGGAUCAGAUGGCAAGGGUCUUUGCAGAUGUGCACUCCAGAGCCAGCCGGGAUUCCAGCGAGAUGGGUGCUGUCCUGGAGCAGCUUGACCACUCCGGGCGGGAUCUGGGCAGAGAGUCGGUGGAUGCCGAGGAAGUUGUGAGAGAAAUCGAUAAGCUUUUGCAAGACUGCCGUGGGAAUGACCCUGUGGCUGUGAGAAAGUGAGACAGACAGAUGGGGUGGGGUGGGGGGCAUUGGCGUUUUCUUGUCUCUUCUGUGGAUUGAAGAAUGAUCACUCUUGGGGACAACCUAUUUCACAGGGAGGAAGAAAGACCAAUCGUGCUUUAAGGCUUUUAGUGAACAUCUAAAGUGCCCACAAGUAUGUUCUUUUCACAGCUAUUUCUUUUUUCAGAGAUAAGAAUGGUUUUGUUUUGACAAAACUUCUAUCAGGACAAACUUAAUGAUGUUUAAAGAGAAAACAGAAGAUAGAGAGAAGAAACAGGAGGAUGAGUAUGCCACUUACCUUUUGACAAUCUGUUAGGAAGGUAUGCCGUGUGCAAAGUGAAGUAUUUCUGAUCACUCUAAGACUGUGCUUCGUGAUUUAUGCUGACCUAACUGUUUACCUAUAAACCCCAUACAAAGCAGGGUCUCAUCUGUGAUCUGUGGUGGAGUUCUAGCAGUCAUCACAGGCUUCUACUGAAAGUCCCCAAAAGACCUUGCAGUAGUCCAAGCUACACCAAACAUUAACACAUAUUUGUGGUAAACAUUUCUGUAUAAAGUUACCUGCCGCACAUAUAAACACAAAGAACGUUCCAUAUCAUUAGUCAAAAACAAACACAAGAAUUAAAAAAAAAAAACCUAGAAAAAAAACCUUGAUCAUUUGUAAGACGCCUCAUGUCGUAUAAAAGUUAAAUGUAAAAAGAAAUAGUCCAUUUUGUCCUGCACACACGUAGACUAAUUCACUUCAUUAAAGGAGAAGAAAAUUUAAAGAUUUAACAUGCCUAUUUAGCAUUUUAGUGUCCAACAAAGAUAUAUAUACAAUGAGUUUGCUUUAGAUUUGACAUUGAAAAGUUCUAAACAACAGUUACCCUUGAGUGGUAAUAUUCAGAGUAAAUUAACAUGAUUAAUACGUCUUAUUCAUUUGUGGACACUAAAAUAGCUCAGGAAAGUGAAAAUGUCUUAGACAUACACAAAUCACAUGACCAUUUAAAUGUGCAAAUGUAAGAAAAUUCAAUGUGUUUACAUCAAAUGACAUAUUUUUAUUGAUUUAUUGCAGAUUCCGUGCAUAUGAGCCAAAUUGUUGAGUGUAUAAGAGCUAUAUUGUGUAUUUUAUUAAAUUAAUAUAUAGUUGUGUUGCAAAAAUAUUUGGGCUUCUAUUGUAAAUGGCAAGUGUUGCCUCGGUAGCUGUCGAACUCUAUGAGUUUUGUUUUUUCCUGCUUCCUUUUCCCCAUGGAGUGUGGGAAGCAGUGCCUCAGAGCAGAGUCUCUUGUUUAAUGUGUAGUCUACCAAGUACUACAGUACAUAAUCUGUUCAAAAUGUGUUUGAGUGAGCUGAUGGAGCUAACUGAAAGGUCAAAAAUACAUCCGUCAGUCAUGGUUCUGUGCAAGUCCUUGGAGAAGCUUUUAUUAAAGUCAUGCUAAAUCACAAGAACUACAUUUGUACCAAACCCUGAAACUUCUUCAUGAUGUUUUCCAUAACAUAGUUUCUGCCUAUGUAGAUACCCUUUAUUAGUUCAUUCUCAAAAGUAUCAUAAGUGGUCCAGAGUGCGUCUCCAUUAUAUUUUAAAAACAUGAAAAAGUGCAUUAAUGCAUGUGUGGUACCAGCACUGGUUACUUGCAUUGUGUAGUGUUUUUCCAGAGGUCUGAGUCUUCACAAAAUCUUUUUACGUUAGCUCAGUGCUCCUCUGCCUCUUUUUAGUGUUGUCCCUUGAGAACAAUACAUCUUCUCUUCCAUCCUUUGGUUGUACCUUUUCUUGUGACAUUUAGCACGUGUCAACCUUACUUCCAUAUGAGGCUAAGAAACCUCUAAUUUCAGGAAUUGGGAAAAAUAAAAUUAGCACUUGCAGAAAUAGUAGCAGAUGGGAAAAUGCCUUGAUUGACAUUUUCCUUCAGCAUUUAAAAUUUUUGGCAUUUUCACAGCUUCAUGGCAAACAGUUUUGAGCCCAUACCUUAGACAAUGUGGUGCUGAGUUAAAUACAGCCUGUUUGUGCACUGGAGCAGAAAAAUGCAUUAUUUGCAAAUUGGUGGAGAAUACUGUGCCUUCUUUUUUUGGCCACCAAGUCAGUGUAGAGAAACAGCGUCAAUGUUGUAAAAUCUUUAUAUUGAAAGCAAAAGCAAAACAAACAUUGAAUUCAAUUAAAUUUUUGUAAUUUUAAACCUCAAAAAAAAUUCUACUGAAAGUAUUUUCAUCAUAACACAUCAAGAUUUCAGACUGUACCUCUUUUGCAAAAUUGCUUUGGGAGGGAAGAAUGGACAAUUCCCAUCAGCUUUAUUCUCUGGAGAACUGUAUUUGGUUCCUAGUAACAACCUUUGCAAAGCUCUACCCUUGGUUUUUAUUACUCAUAAAUGUUUAAAUUAGAAAAGAAGGGAUCUUGUACAUGUGAAACCUAAUUGACUCUCUAUAUUUUGGACAAUUUAUGUAUCCAAAAUGUGUUGUCUCUGUUAUAUGAUGUUAUUUUUGCCAGGAGACUACAGGUUGACUUCGCUGGAUAGCUGAAAUUUGACAGAAAAUUGAUUUCCAUUUAGUUUUAUCAAGUGUUGCCUCUCCUUACUAGACAGAUAACUAUUUAGUAAAAUCUAAAGCAGUAUGUAAAUGAAAUCAACAAAGAGAGUAAGGUUUAUUUUUAAAGCAUUCUUAACACUAAGUAACCAGUUGUUCAAUUUCUCAUAUGUGUCUGAAGACAUUAAAACACCAUAAGAUUUUAUAAAUUGGUUGUGCCAAUGUGUGAGGGAUUUACCUUUAGGCUUCCUGUCACCAGUGAUUUACUAGUGUUAGCUGCUUAACACAUUAUCUGUAUUUAGUAGUGAUUAUUUAUUUGCAAGUUGGUGGUAAUUCAGCAGUCAGGACUCUAAGCUUUUAUAUUGGAAGGAAUCUUGCUUUUAUUCAUUUCCCUGGCAACUGCCUUUAUCACAAACCUCUGGUGCUUGGCUUCCCAGGAAGCCCAUGAGAUGCCAAAAUCACACCUUUGGGGAGCAAUUGCUCUAAUGAAUGAUGCAUAAUCUGUGAGAUUUGGAGGAGUUUCAGCUUAAUUUUGAAUGUGAAAAAAAUUAAUUUACAUUUUUCAAAGGCUAACCCCUCAAAAAAAUCACACAUUCAAAAUAAAAAAUUUGAUACUCCUUUGUCUUCUUAUAUGACUGAAGUCAAGCACAGAUAUCUGUUUAUGAACAUUUUAGUAAGAAACUCAAAGUUCUAAAAAAUGCUUAUGAUGUACUAAAAAUAAAAUAUCAACAAAAUAAUUUUUCAUUAGAUAUAAAGUAGUAAGAAUCAGUGUUAGUUACACCUAUACCAAAGGAAACAAGGAAGAGACAUAUCAUGCAAUUUCAAAGGAUGGUUUCACACCAUUUCUUAAUCUAACAUAUUUAUCUUUAUUGUAGGCAGCAUAAAAAACAAGGAACAAACAAACAAAAACAACUGUUCCAAAAACUCGCUGAUUUCCUGGUUGAGAAAUUGACUUACUUUGUUUCAUAAGAUUAGCUGAGAUCUUGUAAAACAUGACUUCCAUUUGAAGGAUGUACACAGUGCUCAGUUUAAGAAAUGACCCCAAAAAAGUCAUGUAGUAACAGAGCAGAGUGCUUUAAUAGAACCAGGUUAAAAGCUGUUUGUUGUCUAAUGGAAUAGAACUUGCUAAAGUCAAUAAAUAGACUGAGUUCUGGCAUAAUAUAUGCUCGCUCAUUAUUGUCUAAUUGUAUUCUUUUGACAACAGACAGCAUUUAUUAGAGCAUUAAUUCAAAUGAGAGUUUCAGCUAUCAAGAUGCUGAUCCGAAGUGUAACUGUAUGCGACCUGAUUAAAGUCUGACUUCCCUGGCCCCGGUGUUUUGGAGGUUAGCUAUUCCCAUUUAUCAGUCCAUCACUCCAUGAGGUUCUUAGCUGCACCAAGUGAUUGAAUAAGGACAACAACCACAACGACAAAAGCAGCAUACAUUUUAUGGAUUUAUCUCGACACUAUUAUUUAAUGGCUGUGUUUAAUGUGACCUAUCUGGAAAAUGAGGACUCCGAAUAAAAAGCUAUUACUAAUAGUGAUGUUGCUUUCCCUUGAAUUCAUUAACACAGAAGUGAUAUUUUAUACACUGCAUACCAUCAGGACCUUGAUUUUAAUUAUUUUGGAAAGGCAAAAUAUGGCCUCACAUCUAUUUUUUGCUACAUAUCACUUUGCCAGCAAAAUAAGAUUAAAAAAAAAAAACUUUACUUAACAAUAAAUGUCACUAGAAGUCACUGACACUAUGUUGGAUAUCGUGGAUAAGUUGGCUAGUCAAAUAAGUACCAGGGAGACAGAGCCUAAUAAUUCUUGAGCCUUUAAAAUUCACAAUUGAUGGGACAAUAAUUUGGUACAUGGCCCUAGAGGAAUUCAGAAAAGACACUUUAUAUUUUCUCAUGCUACUAUAUAACAGAUGAAACCAGAUAUUUAAAGUAAAUACAUGUUUGUUGUAAUACAUUCAAAUAACUUUGUCCCACCAACUCAUAAACAUAUUCUGAAUUCUUGCUCUGUGUUUGCAUUGAGCUAAUAUAUCAUAGGAGUAAAUAACAAACUAAGAAUGGUGGCUAGACUAGGAACAGGUAAGUUCUAAAAUAUCAUCUUGAUAAAUUGAUUUUGAUUGUUUUUCUUUUGUCUCACAUAACCCACAUAUCCUAUAUUUUUGUUCCUAAUUUAUAGUGGCACUUCCUAAAGAACAAAGUAGCAUUAUAUUCUGAGUAUUUAAAUUUUUAAAUUUUACUUUACUUACAACAGCACAACAUAUCAAAGUGCACUGCAUUUCCAUUUUAAGAUCUUAAUUGGUUAGAUUUGUUGGCAGAAACUAAGUAAUUUACCCGUUCAUUCUUUUGUUUAUUUAUUUGAUAGCCUUUUCUUUUUCACUGGACACUACCUAGGUGCCAGUUCCUUAUAGAAGGAUCCUAAGAUACUGAAAAGAACUAGUCAAUUAUACAUUUUUUCUCUGAAUACUUGAGCAAUAUGUGACAUGGUGAUAUGAUCUUUUCUUACUUUUAACACUAUUAUUUUGCAUAAUUGAAAUAAUUUCACUAUUAAGAAUAGCAAAAACUGUAUUAUACUGUGUAAUUCACUGCUUUUACUUCUUUAGUAGACCAACUGUUACUUUAGUCACCUGAGCAUCUGACCAGUCUAAAGAGAAAGUUAGCUUAACUAAUGAGUCCCAUCUGAACACGCCACAUUUAGGAAGAAAUUGGGAAUGCAAUGUAUACUAAAGUCUUACUCCACGCCAAUGAAAUGUUUAACUCUUUUUGUAAAAUUUGUGUGCCCACAAGAUAUAAUUAUUUGAUGGCUCUUUGUAGAAUAUAAAGAAUAAUAAUCCUUAAAGGUCAUUGUCGCAUUAAUGUGGAAAUAGAAAUAGAUUCAUCUGUUAAUGGGUAAUCUUCAAAACUCAUCAGCUACUUUUGGACAUAUUUGUAUAAAAUUUUGUGUCACACAGGCUGGCUUAUCACCUACUAGCUAAAAUAGUAUAUUUCACUUUUCAAGGAACAAUUUAUUAUGUGUUCUACUUCCAUUAUCAUAUACCAUUAAACAUUUAUGGUAUUCCAAUGGAUUAAAAUGUUGAUUUUGAAUUGUAUUUAAAAAUUUAGCUUUAUAGUUUUAUAUAACUGUUUAGUUAUUUCAUAAUAUUUUUUGAAGAUUAUAAAAAAGCAAAUGCCAAGUCCUCAUUUUGCUCACCUUGUAUAGUUCAUCAUAAAUUUUUUUCUAAGUAUUUGACAUUCAGGGAAACAUGGAAAUUGGGCUUUCUUUCCUUUGCAUUACAGAUCAUUCUGACCAUUAGCAGAAUAAUUGCACAAAUCUAAAUCGAUACUAUAAGAUGUAGGUUUAGAGAACUCUUCAUUUCACAGAAUAUUUUCACAAAUUUUCAAAGUACUACAGAAUUAAAAAUCCUGAAACUUGAGCAGAUCACUGGACUGAUCAAAAGAGCAAUUAGCUAUGAAACUUAAUACUCUGACUUGGAAGAAAUUCCCAAUUUUAUUGCUUGCUUGAGGUUUUCUGAAUUCUGAAAUCUUCCCAUAUUUAACAUUAUACGUCUCUAGGUUCUUCAUUUCCCCUUUAAGUUGAUAUUCAUAUAAUAUCCUUUAAAGUAGAUCACUCUUUUGUUCAGAGUUCAUUAUUAUAAUUUAAAAAGCAGAGAAGGAGGAGUGUGGUCGCCAAGAAAAUGGUAAGACAUUGUAAGAAGUGUGCCUAAGAUCACUCUAUGCUUUCAAUACCGUCUAUAAAUGUUUCAGGAUAUUGGUGGUACACUCUCUUAAAAAAUGUCAUGGAACAGAAGCGUUUUCUUGGGAAUUUGGCAUAAUUUCAUCUGAAUGCAAUCAUGUAGACUUUAUUGAAUUUCUUUGUAUCAUGAAGUUCGCAUAUGGUAAUAUAAUUAACUUCUUGAAAACAAGCACGAAAUAUCUCAUAAUAUUGAAAAGACAUUUAAAAGUACCUACACAUGAAAGGCAAAAGAGUCUGUAAUUUGAAAAACUAGUAUUACAAAAUAAAGAGAAAAGAAAAUUAAGCAAUAUUAUGGCUAAAGAAGGAAUAAUAUAUUCUGACGUACCUCAUGCAUAUUGGAGAAAUAUUAUUGACUCAGUGAUCAACUCAAAAAGACUGCAGUUGUUAUCCAAGUCAUUUAUAGUGUGGCUAGUGACAAGUGAAGUUGGACUAUUUUUGUGUGAAUCUAACCAAUUAUAAAUUGGUUUAGUACUUAUCUGCUACAACUCACAGAAAAGCAAACUUACUCUUAAAAGCUCCAAUAAUACAUACUAAUGAUCCUUUAACACUAUUUUAUAUUUUGGCAAUCUAAAUUAAGGUAUAUAUAAUUGCCAGUCACUACAUUGAUCUGCUAGGUAUUUUUUGCACUAUAUCUUUAACAGUGUUAAAACAUAGUUUAACAUUUUUCUUAUCACUAAAGCCAGUCUUCAAUCUAACAAUUCACUUUGAGAGAGUAAUUUGAACAUUUCUUGUCUCAUUUAGUAGUCUUAUUUCAUUAUGUCUCUGUUUAUAGUAUUAAUUAAACAUUGUACACUGUUUAUCAUCAUAAUAUAGUUACUUAAUUUUUACCUUCAUUCCAUAACUUUAUCUUGAUAUUAGCUAACUAUCAUGUUAUAUUUCUCAUCUAUGUAUUAAAAUAACCAUUAUAUGCCCACCUGUUAUAGAUUUCUUGUGAGGUUACUUGAUUAUAUUAGGUCACAUAUUUGCAAACAAAUUUCAUGAACCUAUAGGAAAAUGAUAAAUAGUUAUUAGAUGAACCCCCGCCCCCAGAAUUUUUACAGUGGACAGAACACAUGAUUUGCAACAGGAGGCAUACAAAGCAAAAAUAGUUUAAGAUAAGGGGGUUUAGAAAAAAUAUUUCUGUAAGGCUACUUUGCUACUUGAUUGAAAGUUUGACUAAAUGAUUAGAAUGUGAAUCAUCUUACUACAGUACCACCAAUUCUUGUGUAUUAAGAAAUCCUCAUUUGAAGACCUCAUUAUGUUGAGUGCUUAGAUUUGGUUGAAGAUACCAAAAGAGCCUUCCUUUAUAAUUAUUUUGAUUUUUUUAGCCUGUACUUCUUCCUUAAUAAUCUCCAAAUUUCAAAUAUUAAAUACAACUCAUCAUUUCCUUUAUUUUGCACAACUAUAAAAACAUAUUCUCUGUUCAUAAUCCAGAGGAGGAAAGGAGAUAAAUAAGAGGCCAGAUAUGACCUCUCUAACACUUUUCCUUACUAAGACUGCAGCAUACUGAUUUUACUUAACCAAUCUGUGAACCAAGGAUUAUAUGCUUUCAUGUAGUGGGGCACACAGGUAACAAUUAAAUGUGCAUUCUGCUUCUAUACAGUUAUAGUUUGGAAUAUAUUGGCAAGUGAAGGUGCUCACAAAAUGUAAAUUAUAGAAGUGGGAGGGAGAGUGGGGAAUACUUACAGCUGCUGGGGGAGGUAAUCAGUAAUAGCAGCUUCUCAGAGACAGUGAUAGUUGAACUGAACAUCUAAGGUGGGACAGGUUUUUGGCAGAAGAACUCUUCGGGAAAUGCAUUCAGGAGAAACACAAUGUGUGCAAAGCCAUUUAAACAAAGGUGAGAUAUUUUCUGAUUAGAAAGUUAAACACGGUUGCAAAGGUGAGUUAGAUGAAGUUCAGGAUGUACCAAAUGCAUAGAUUAGAUGUCACAUGAAUCACUAUCGUAAAGAAGAAGAAAGACACCUGAAUUAGUGCUCAGCUUGGAGAGUUCUGUAGAAGGCUUGCCAAGCUGAUUGUGCAUUCAGGAAAAUAACACUAGGACAGCUUGCUGCUGCCUGGUGAUCCGUUCUUUACAAGAUGCUGCCUAAUAGCACCUUGUUCUUGGGUUAGAUCCAGCUAUCUAGAGGCAAUGCCAAAAUUGCUGAAUUUUUAAAUCCUUAAAUUCAAGUCAUCAGCAGAGUAUUUAUGUGUAUGUUUCCAACUUCCCAGAAAUAAUUCUCUCUUUGAAAUAUGUAAUCAUAUUUAAAGCUUCAGGAGGUAAAAGACAUGACAAAGGUGAAAAUCAAGGAUAUGGAUGAUUUCCACUCGUAAUAUAGCAGUGUUGUAAUGUUCCUGGAUUCUCCAAGCAUCUCUUGGUUUGUACAUUUUGUUAGGUAGAUUAAUUCUACUCUUAAGAAUUGCUUGUGUGCAUUUGCCCCAGUUCUUGGACUAUUUUAGUGCGUCCACAAUAGAUUGUAUAGAGAGAAGCUUAUAAUUGUUGGUUAUUCAGAUGUAUUCAGUCAUAGAGAACCAAGACCUUAGAUUUGCAGUUCUCAAUGAGGGGCAGUUUAGACACUCCAGGAAUAUUUGGAAAUGCUCCAGAUAAAAUAUAGGGUUAGGAAGGCUUUUGCUAUUGUAUCUAGUAGGGAGCAACUAGGUCAACCACCCACAACAAAGAUGUAGUUCAUUAAUGCACAGGUUGAUAAACCCUACCUUAGAUCAAAUGUAGUUAAUAACAGGAAAUAAACAAUCUUGAGGUUUGGAUAUCUGGUGCUGAACCUGAAUGACUUGACUUUAAAAAAAAUUUAAAGACGAGUCUCAGGAUUUUUAAAAAAUUCCUUAGCAUUAAUAACUUCUUUCCAACUUGUGAUGAAUAUAUUUUUCUGGGACUCUCAGAUCAAGGUCCUCAGGCGGGCUAAAGUAUUAUCUCUGGCUGUGGUCAGUAGCAUUGACACAUAUAUGGAAUGAAUCCCCACAGAAUGAAUGGAAAUGGUGUUUGGGGUGACUGUUUACUCCUAAGAAAGUGUUCAAAGCCAGUAUUGUAGAAAAGGUACAAUAGAAUUCCCUAGCAAUUCCCCAACGAAGGGAAACGAAGCUACUUCCGGAACUGUUAAAGUGACUGUCUUAGAGAUUAAUUGGUGAAUUUAGCCUCUACUCUAAAGCCACUUUUCUUACUGUGCAUGUGGAAUCUGUAUUCACUGUGACACUAGAGUUUUGUGAGACGCUCCACUAGAAAGGUGAUGAUGAGGACAUGCUAGAUCAAGAAAUGAUGACAUUUACACGAAAGCUAGGUGACCAUAUAUAAGCCCGGAUACCAUAGAAUCAGUGUCUCUAUUGAUCUCUUAUGAAUCUUCCCACCAUAAAUACUGAUUUUAAUUCUUUCAAAGUAAUACAUAAAAUGCCAAAUUUGUCAGAUUGACUUUCUAAAUGAGGUGAGGUGAAGGUGAGUGCAAAUGGUUCCUUAAAAGUUUUAUUUCUCUUGACACAUUCUGUUUUACCCAUCUGUAAUGCAGGGUAGGCGGUUCCAAUGCACAUUUUAUGAAUUUGAACUUGAAAUGACUCCAGUUUUAAAAUAAUAAUGGUAAUGUGUUAAAAGGGUGACAAGAGCUCCAAUAGCAAAGUUGACAGUCUGUGCACUGACAGGCCAAUUAAUAUAAAUAGAAAUUACCACAGAUAAUCCACAUGUGAGAUUAGACUUCAUUUAGCUAAUAUGCGAACAAAAAGUGUUAAAAGAUCAAAGUUAUUACACCCUGUGGUGCAACCAGGACCACUUUGAAAAGCAGAGAAUUUCAUGAAGAGACUCAGUAACUAGCCAGCACAUCAACAAGCAUGUAUACGUUUUCUUAUAUUUCAAAGAAAUAUAAUUGUGAUUUGCUACUACCAUUCCAGCUAAUUUCCUACUGGUCUAUUUGCAUAGUGGAAUGUGCAUUUUAAUUUACAGCCACUGUUAGGAUAGACUUGCCUAAUUUAAGAUAGAACACCAAAAUUAGGAAAGAAAAUAGAAACUGUUGAUAAAGAAUAUUAGAAAUACUUCACCCAGCCAUUCUCACUUAGAAACAACGAAUGUGACUUUUAGGAUAAAGCAAAUUUCAAUUCAAUUAAAUUAUCUCUCUCUGUCUCUCUCUGUCUCUCUCUCUCUGUCUCUCUCUCUCUGUCUCUCUCUCUCUCUCUCCCUCCCUAUCAUUACAGUUCAAUAAAGGUAAUUUCCACAGGUGAUGCUAAGUCAUAUUAAGUUCACUGUGAGGGUAUAGCCAUUUUGAGAAAUGUUGAAAACUAGUAAGUUACAUGUAGAUACGGCAUGACUUAUCAACUUUUAAUGACAUUCUUGUUACCUGGUUUUCAUUAACCUUAAACAAGGGGCAAAAUUAUAGAUCACAGCCUAACAUAACAAAACAUUACUUUCUAUUUUUAUCAAGAGCAUGGAAUUUGAGAACAGAGGAAAAUAUACGCUGUCUUCUGUUUUGAAAUAUAUGCAUCAUUAUAUAUGUGCCUUUCUUUUUCCUGUUUUAUGGUUCAAAUCCUAGGGUGACAGCUGCCAUUUUAAAGGUGACUCAUUACAAUCAUUUAGAAAGUCCCUUAACAGAUGGCUAGGGCUGUGUUUCCCAGGGAACAAUGACAGGUUACAAUUCUCAACAGCUUUUAAUCAUUUCAACAAAUUUAUACACAUCUGUCAAUUACCUGUUCAGUAAACUUAACGAUACAGAUAUCUGAGAGUAACAAAGUAAUAGAUUUAAAAAAAUUAUCCCAUGAAAAUUUUAUAUACAGAGAGCAAAACUUAGCUUAAAACAUACUGAAAAGUGUGUUUUUAACCUACAGCCAAAAAUUCUUUGAAAUUUCUGUAAUAAAUUCAUUUAUAUUUAUGUUAUUAAUGAAGAGUUUUCAGGUGUUUCAUAAAUAAAAGAAUUAGGGACAAAACAAUUAAUAAAAAUUACACAGAAAAAUAAAGCAUAUAUAUCUGUCAUUUUUCUGUUUAAAAUCUUUUAUUAUAGCACAGUGAGGAAUAGGAGUUGAAGUGUUUCCAGUUACAGAGGGUAAGAAGAAAGGGAAGGUACUGUAUGUAUAAAUUUUGUGACUGAACUACCUUAAUUGGAAUCUAAACUUCGGUGACCACUGUAUCCCACUUUGUUUUUCAAUAAGAGAGUGGACAAAAUGUGCCCAGGGGCCAAACUUAGGCCCCAGGUUCCUUUUGAAAACGAGAAUAUACUGGAAGCCAGCCAAUCCCAUUUCUUUUACAUAUAGUUUUUGGUUAUUCUCCAGCUAAGGAGUUAAGAUUUUAGGGGAAAAAGCUGGAUAUUCCACAAAGCUGAAAUACUACUUAGCCCUUAGUGGAGGAAAUUUGCUACACUUUGCAUAAUACAACUACUAUGUACUUGAAUUCCUACGUUUGUAUAAUGUGAAUGAUAAAAAUCAUUCCUAGGGCAAUUGUAAGGAAAAAAUGACAUAAUAUAUGAAGUGCUUACUAAGAAUUGAAUCCCUAGUGAGGUCUCAAUGAAUUUUAUCUAUUACUACAGUGGAGUCUUAUCAGUAAUAUAAACAUUCACCAACAAUCACGAUACAUAACUUCAAAAUCUUGUUGCAGUUUCUUCUCAGAGAGAUUAUCAAAAUUAUUUCAAGGAUUUACUUGGCUUAUUGUCCUGUCUCUGGGUUUAGGAGUAAGUAUAUCCUUGCACGAGACUACCCAGCAUGUCUGUUAAGCAUUCCCUCUAUUUAACCAACGGCCCUUGAGACUUUUACCUUGUUUGCCACUAGCUCGUAGAAGUAUGUAGUCCAUGGUCAAAUGCUUCCCACUAAAGUUAAACAAGUGGCAGCUGGCACCAUACAGCUCCGUUAUAAUGAAAACAUGAGGUGGCUGCCAUUACAGAGUCCUGCACUAAUGAGAACGGUAGGAGGCCAGCAUUACAAUGGUCUAAUGCAAACAGGAAAUGGCUGGCAUUAAAUUGGUAUAAUAAAAACAGGGGGUGGCUAGCAUUGCACUAGUGGAAUAAAUAAAUUCAGAGAUGUCAGGCUUCCCCCAUUUCAUCUCCAUUAUAAAUGACCACAGUAGCCACAAUUCAGGUCAGACCACUAAGAGUCAGAGGAGCCAGUGUUAAGUGGAAACAACUUCUGUGCUCUGCUUCAAAAGUCUCCUUUGCCACUGCUGUUUUCCUUAGGCUAAUGCAAACACGUUUUACAAUAACCAUAUAUGCUACACUCAGUCUUUCUCUCUGCCUGAUAAUUCCAAAAAUAGACAGCAUUGUUUUUGACACAGAGGAAGACUGGCUGGAAUAAAAGCCAACAACUGGCAGAGAGUUUCUAAUUUUGUCCUUGCCUUUUACUCUCUUUCUCUUUUAAAUAUACAAGGGUUACUGAAUAGCCAGGUUCCUAAAAAAUAAUAAAAUGGAACACAGUAAGAGGAGAAAAAGCUACAGAAAAAUAAUAUGCACAAAAUCAAUCUAAGGAAGUUUUUCCUCUCAACAAAUGUCAGGGUUUUUUGUACAUAGAUUUUUGAUAAUUACCAGAAAUAGAAGAAACAUGGAUGUAUGUCUCAGACAAUAGGCUUAUAAAACUCUCACCAGCUGCAUUUGAUUAUCCUGUUUUUUUGUUUUUAAAUCUGUACUGAAUAUCUAGUAAUUUGGUGCAGUUCAUGCUUAAGACCUACAUUAUAUUAAGACAUUAUAUUAAGACAGCAUAGCACUGUUCGACCGUUCAGUUUCCAUUUUGCAAUUCUUUGUUAAACAUUAAGUUUUUUUAAACUUAAAAAUGCAUAAGUACUUGUAAAUGACUUUCAAAAAAAGAGUAAUAACAAAACUAUUCCUAUAGUAAACACCAUGUUACUUCAGGUACCGAUGUUGCUGAAAGAUUUAACUUGCUAAAGCCAAAAAAAGAAGUAAAUAUUCUGGUAAGGUAUUCAGAUUAGAAAACAAAAUAAUAACAAAAGCAAGAUGAAGAUACAUAUAAUUCAAUAAAGCCUUUAAAUUGGUUUUAUAUACUGGUAUUUAAUUUUCUUUGCUCAGAAAUUUUUAUUAUUCUCCUCUCAAAGACUUCUGAAUUCAUUUACAAGACAAGGCAAAUUUCAUGGAUACAUUGUAUUAAGUACAUACUAAAGGAUCAAGACAAGAGAAAAAACACAGCCUUCCUUUACUCUCUCUUACCUUAUUUCUAUAUUUAGAUAAGUGUAGUUUUCUUUUCUUUCUGAGCACACCUUGAUAUAACUUCAUUUAUAGAAAAACUAAGAAAAAUCCUGGGCAAGAAAAUAAAAACGUAUUUCCAAUAAUCACGGGUAACAAAAGUCAAUUAUCCUUUUGUAUUCAUUUCUUCACAAAGAAGUGAAAGUUAUAAUGUAAAAGAAGUAAUUUCUUUUUUCUAAAGCCAGAAUUAAAUCAGAAAUGCCCUGAACACUAAUACAUGAAUUGCAUAAAAUCUGUUGCUGGGCUUGCAUGGGACUCACAGACAUGGCUUAAUCGAGACACAAAGUGAUGUGUGCCAUGCAUUCAAAAUUAGCAUCUGGCCUGGAGCCACUAAAUUUGGCAUCCCAAGAACUAAUUCUGUUCUUUGCCAAGUUUCCACAGGGACUAGACUGGCUGAAUUCUGAAUCACAGCCUCUAAUUUCUCCUUCAACAGAAUCUCUUUGAAUUGUGGACUAGAGAAACUUGCAAGCAAGUGUAAAAAUUGAAUGUGAAACAUAGAACUCUCCAAAGAGGCAGCUUUUAGAUAAAAGAUGCAUACAGAACAUAGAGUAUUUCCAGUUAAUCAAUUAUAAUGUGGACUGCUGAUCAGCUCACUUAUCCUACUCAAUUUGUUGUCCUUUCACAAACAAGAGCACACUAUAAAGUGUGUGCUGACAAACUCUGCAGAAACACUUGAGAAUUUCGGAAUUUUGCAUACCACAAAUUCACUUGACAGGUCUCAUCACAUGGUGAGCAAUAUUUUUUAUUAGCUAACUUUGUGGAAGAAAUGGCAUUUUGCCCUAAUUUCAAACUAACCCAUUCUGUCAUGGUUGACAGCUUUAUUACAUUAUUAAAUACAUCAGUCAAUACCAUCUUGGAUAAUUGAGUCUUGUUACAUAAUGCAGUUGUUAAAUCUAUAGAUUUAUUUUCAAAGUCAAAUCAAUGAGCAGAAAAGAAUAUCAUUCUAGUGGAAUUCAGGAAUAAAUAUGUGUCACCAGUGCAAAUAUUUCUGAUGUGAAACAGUGAACUGACCUUUUCUCAGAUUAUACUCAAAAUCAUUCAAAGUUGUGUUUCACUGAAAGUGUUGCCUCAGGCACUGGAUUGUACAUGAUCAGUGUUGUGUGGCGGGAGCAGCCCUUACCUGGAAAUUACAAAAGGAUUAUAAUGAGUGAGUUGAUAAUAUGUGAGAAUAAUGUUUAAAAAAACUUGCUUAAAAUUGAAAAGGAAGAAGAGAAAAGAGUACAGAAGACAUGACGUGAUAGAAGAGAAUGAAAUAGUUCUUUGUUUUGGAUUAUUUUUAACAGUGACAAAAGGAAAAUGCUAGUAAGUUUCUUAAUAGUCAGUAAAAGUAUUUGAAAAUAAGUGGGUAAGUUGCAAAAGGAAGAACAUUUAAGAAACAUUGCAAGUGCUUAGCUUCAUCUUUUCCUGAAGCUCAUUAAAAUAGUUUUCAGUGACUGUAUAAAAUAAUGGAAUAAGAUUAAGUUAAAUUUCCAUACGCAAAGUCAGCACUAUUAAAAGGAAAACAAUCUAAUUUGUUAUUUGCCUCUGUAUCAUAAAUUUUAACAACUGUUCAAUUGUGUUUUUCAAAGCAAAGUUAAAUGUUCUUUGAUUUUAUUUAGAAACAACAAAAUUCUUAGGAGAAAAUUAUUAGAUUUUAGCUUAACUGAACAUUCAAAAUUUCUCAGAAACAAAUCUUGCUAAUAGUCAAUUUACACUUAUUUAAUAAUGAAAAGUUAAAUGAAAAGUUAGCUAACUCAAAAACAAAUUAUUAUAUAGUCAUGCACUUACUAUCAUUAAUUAUUUUUAAUUGAUAAGUAAAAUCUUGUUUAUCUCCUUGGCAUAUAACAUGAAUUUGUUGUUGUUGCCACAGGAUCUUGCUAUAUAGUUCAGGCUGGCCUCGAACUCACUAUGUAGACCAUUCUCUUGCCUCAGUCUACCAAGUGCUGGGGCUACACUAAUUUACCACCACACUUAGCACAUCAUGAUGUUCACAAGUAUGUAUACACUAUAUAGUGGCUAGAUCCAGUUAAUUACCAUAUAUUGCCUCACUGACCACCUUUUUAAAUGGGAGUUUACAACAUAUACUGGACAUAAAAACCUUUAAAAUAUCAAAUAUAAUUUAGAUUUAAGAGAUAUACAGGGGCUGGGGAUUUAGCUCAGCGGCAUAAGCACCUGCCUUACAAGCAGGCGGUUGUGAGUUACUCUUUUAAAAGUUACUCUUUUAAAAAUUCCAUUUCUGUCUCUUCCUUUGGGUUUUUCUUAGAAAACAGGGAUUCUUAUUACUAUUUCAUUUACGGAAUCUCAAGAAGAAAGACUAAAUUUGACAUGUACUUCUCAAUUUCAUAAUAAAAACUUGAAAAGUUAGGGAACCCACAACCCCAAGGAUGAGGUGAUGUUGUAGACUGCACGCACAGCACAAUAGUUCAAAGAAUGUGGAGUGUGGCCUCAUUAAAGACAUAAGCACAGUCAGGGUAUAAAUAGGGGAAAAGAAUUUAAAUGAUUUUUCAUAUUUGAUACUUUUAAAAAGAAAAACUAACAAUGGAGAAAAUGAAAUGACCAUUGUAUCACGUUGCAAACAUUUGUUUAAACAUAUUUAGAAUUAUACAUAGAGAUGUAUUGAUUAGUUUUGUAUCAAUUCCUUCUAAAAAUUCUCUGGAUGCAUAGACAGAGCUGUCUCCCAAUUACUUCUGCUUCUCUGGAGGAAUUUGACUUAUAAACUAUUCCUAGAAAUAUACCAUAACAUCAUCAGUAUUUAAUAUCAACUUUUUUAGUGGUAAUCUUGGCUAAAGAAUUGUGGAAGAUUAUACUGAGAUAUAAUCUAGAUGUAUUUUGUACCCAAUGUACAUAAAAGUUGAUUUUCCAAAAUACCUUCUUCAAAAGAGUUUACACAGGAAAUACUUACUUAGCUGUUAAAAGGAAGGUAAACAUUUGUGUAGUGAACUUAGGGCUGAAGGAAUGGAUGGGAAGAAUUACAUUCUAGGAAAUGGAAGAGAAGGAUACAAAACCUAGGUGUCUGAAGACUGUGAAUUGUUUAGAAAACUGUGUCAAGUUGAAGCUUUGUAUUAUGUUGGGAGCCGUGGCACUGUCAAGUCAUCAGACGCGGUGAUUGCGAGGCCUGUGGGAAAGUACAAAAGCCUGGGCUAGAUUACCCCUCUCAUCGAGCCCGCCUGUGUGGCACCUGUUUCUUAUCACCCCACUAAGUUCCCGCCUCACAGGGUAGUCUGCCUAGCUAUUAAUCCUAUAUAUAGCCAGUGCCUCCACCCCCGAGAGAGAGAGAGACUGAAGCACAAAAGGAGCCGCGGGGAGCGGACCGGUAGAGGCUUCGGGGCAGACUGAAGCACGGAAGGAGCCGCGGAGAGCGGACCGGUAGAGGCUUCGGGGCAGACUGUAUAAGGAGAGAAUAAAGAAAAGCCUGACCACCGCCA